AUGCCAGGCCCAAUGAGACCACAGAUUGUGUUAUUUGGCUCCUCCAUAAUUCAGAUGAGUUUCGAUAAUGGUGGUUGGGGUGCUAUUCUUGCUAAUUUGUAUUGCAGAAAGGCUGAUAUACUCUUGAGAGGAUACUCAGGUUGGAAUUCAAGGCGUGCUUUGGAGGUUCUGGAUGAAGUUUUCCCCAAGGAUGCGCCUGUGCAACCAUCAUUGGUAAUUGUCUACUUUGGUGGUAAUGAUUCUAUUCACCCUCACUCAUCUGGCCUUGGUCCUCAUGUACCCCUUGGAGAAUACAUUGAAAACAUGAGGAAGAUUGCAAACCAUCUAAAGAGCCUCUCGGAUCAUAUUCGGAUUAUAUUUCUCACCUCUCCUCCCAUCAACGAAGAACAAAUUCGCAAAAAAAUCAGUGCAACACAAUCAGGAAGAACCAACGAAUCAUGUGGAGAAUAUGCAGAUGCAUUAAUGGAGCUUUGUGAGGAGAUGAAUAUCAAAGCCAUUAAUUUGUGGUCUGCAAUUCAAACAAGGGAUGAUUGGUUAGAUGUUAGUUUCACGGAUGGAGUUCAUUUAUCAGCUGAAGGAAGCAAGGUAGUAGUGAAGGAAAUAUUAAGGGUCCUUAGAGAAGCAGAUUGGAAACCUAGUCUGCAUUGGAUGUCAAUGCCAACCGAAUAUGCUGAAGAUUCACCUUAUUAUCCUCCUAGUCCUGAUGGAACUACCACUAUUAAUGUGUCUCACAUUAUCUCCCGAAGGUCUUUGCAAUGGGACAUAUAG